GUUGAUAUAUUCUGAUCACUGCACAUUUUUUUCUGGAGUCGUGCUGUCGAUGGGUAUGGCUCUAUGCUAACUUAUAAACUGCGCCACAGUUUUGUCAUGUUGAACAGAGUCCUUGUUGACUUGUGUUCCUUGCCGUCUGCAUCGAUGUCGAAAACACGGCUUCGAUUUUAUCAUCUGCAAGAUCACCUCGCUCAUUUGCAACUAGGGCAUCGAGCGUGUAGUGUUUAAGUAUCUGUCAACGCCGAUUCUGCAGCUAUUCUCGAUGGCGGUUUCCGUUGCAAAUGCGCUUCUGUUUUGCCUUCCAAGUUCUGACGGGAGUGCGUGUCGUUCGUCGAUCUGUAUCGUCAUGCGGCAUCUCUAUAGCGUAUCUGCAGCCAAUGCUUCAGUUCGGUGUCUAUUUGCUCCGUGUGGGUUUUACCGCCUCGCUUCCACUCUGUUUCCUUUCUGUUGCCGUUGGACUGUCACCCAACAAUACCUUGUAUAUCCCCGCGCAGCCUGUUGUGCCCUGUAUCCGCUCAUUUCAUUUGGUUGUUCUGCCAAAUGGUCUCAUGUAUAUCCCUGCGCAGCCUGUUGCCUCAUGUAUUGUCUGGUGCCGCCUUGUGGACAGAGUACAGCACACGGGCCGCCCGCUGGCGCUGAAUUCAUAGUUGGUUGUGCUGCCAACUCGUUUCAUGUAUAUCCUCGUGCAGCUUGUUGCGUCCUGUAUUUUUCUCAUCUUCCAUUUGGCUGUCUCUCCAAAUGCUUGCAUGUAUAUCCCUGCGCAGCCUGUUGCGCCCUGUAUCCUGUUCAUCUCAUUUGGUUGUCCUGCCAAGUAGUCUCAUGUAUAUCCUUGCGCAGCCUGUUGCGCCAUGUAUGCUCCGUGCCGCCUUGCGGACAAUGUGUACAGCACACGAGCCGCUGGUGGAGUGAAUUAUCUUUCUGUGGUGUUAUCUUGGCGACGAUCUGAUGUCGAUACCCGAACUCUGAUCCGAUUUGUUCCCUGUGCUGCCGCUUGUUCUCUCUGGUUUCCGUCGUUCGAAGGCCCGACUUCUGUGUUCUGAUUGGAGGUUGAUGCCGCAAUGUAUCUUUUCAUCUCUGUCCUUGUUCGAGGCAGAGACUGGCAUGUGUUCAUGUUGCUUGGAUGUCGAGCUUGUCUCUAGCCUGAAUCCUUGUCGACGUGAAUCCGUGAUGCCCGGUUACUUUCGUCUCCAUCCUCGUUUGAGGGGAG